AUGAGGUCGCGCCACCCUCCGCUCCUCUCCAUCUUCGGCAGCACGACGCAGAUUCCUCAAUCGGGGUGGCAAGAGCUCAAAGAAUCCCUCGCCAGCGCCAUAGCUACAGGCUGCUCUUCCGCAAGACGUCUCCGGCAGCUUCAUGCCCGCAUUGUCUCAUCCGGGCUCCGCCACAACCUCUAUCUCUGCGGCCUCCUAAUCGGCAAGUACUCCUCGUUCCGCGACUUGGGGGCCGCCUGCGGGGUCUUCUACUCUCUGUAUCCGCCGCCCACAAAGGCCCUCAUAUGGAAUGUCCUGAUGAGGGAGUGCCUCCGGAAUGGUCGACCGGAUCUUGUCCUUGGCGUCUUCAGCGAGAUGACGACCGGAUUUCCUGGUUGUGGGCCGGACAGCGCCACUUUCCAUCUCGCCAUCAAAGCGUCCAUCGACACCAGGGAUUUCGAGUUUGGUUUUCACCUUGCCGAGUGCGUCCGCAGUCGAGGGCUCGAAUCCGAUCUCCUCGUUUCGACGUCUCUGCUCGACAUGUACAGCCGCUCGGGAGACAUCGUCGCCGCACGAAAGUUGUUCGAGAAAAUGACUGUUAGAGAUGUCGUCUCUUGGAACGCCAUGAUCUCUGGUUAUGCCCUAAGUAGAUCCCUCCCUGACGCCAUUAACUUAUUCAAAGCCAUGAAGGCCGAUAAUGGGGUUGCUCCAUCUCAGGCUACGUUGGUGACCUUGUUAUCAUUAUGCGGCAGAACAGAAUCCCUCGAGCACGGGCAGACCUUCCACGGGCACGCCAUAAGGUUGGGGUAUAGUUCCGAUAUCUUCAUCUCCAAUGCUCUCAUGGAGAUGUACAUAAAGUGCAAUUGCCUCGAUUCUGCAUCUCUACUGUUCGAGAAGAUGACGUUGAAAGAUCCAGUCUCUUGGAGCACAAUGAUCGGAGGUUACCUCCACCAUCGGAGACCCCAUGAUUCUCUCAAGCUUUUCCGCCACAUGGUCUCAAGCACUCAAUUCUCGUCCACUAGACCCAUCCUGCUUAAUGUGCUCCACGCUUGUGCAGACCUCGGAGACUGGCAUCAAGGAAACCACGUAGAGGCAGAAUUCUUGAGGAACAGAUUCGAGCUAGAUGCCCAGCUUGGCACGGCUCUUAUAUUCAUGUACGCAAAGUGUGGGAGGGUCGACAUCGCAUUUGAUGUCAUGAACGAAAAUGUGAUGAUUAUGAAGGAUGUUAUUGCGUGGAAUGCCCUGAUCAGGGGAUGCGCCGAGGCGGGCAACCUCCGAAAGGCAUCGGGAUCUUCAGUGGAGAUGCAGAGAAGGGGGGUUGUUCCCAACAGUGUCACCCUCUUGACGCUGAUAGCCAUUGCCUCUUUGAUCCCAUUCCUGAGCAUGGGGAUGAUGGUCCAUGCUCAUGUUCUAAGGAGAGGGUUUUUCAAGGAGAGGCCCAUUUCCAAUUCCCUCAUAGACAUGUACUCUCAAUGUGGAAAUGUUGAAGAUUCAUAUAAGGUCUUUGAUGGGAUUGCAGAUAAAGAUGUGGUCACAUGGAGCUCAAUGAUGAAGGCUUAUGCCCAGAAUGGAGGUGUCGACGAGGUCCUCAAUCUCUUCGGGCUGAUGAAGGAGUCGGGCACGAAGCCAAACCACAUCACCUUCGUCUCUGUUUUAUCGGCUUGCAGCUGUGGAGGGUACAUCGACGAGGCUCGAGAGCUGUUCAAGUGUAUGAAAGAGGAUCACGGGCUGGAGCCCUGGUUGGAGCAUUAUGCAUGCAUGGUUGACCUUCUCAGUCGAUUGGGGUACCUGUCCGAGGCCUUCGAUUUCAUUAAAAGAGGCCCUGCAGAGGUAUCUGCUAGCUGCCUCUUGUGGGGAAAUUUGUUGAAUGGCUGUUCAGUGAGCGGUAAUUGGGUCAUUGGGGAGGCGGCCGCCAAGCAUCUCUUCUACUUGGAGCCCCAGAAUGCCGCUAACUACAUCAUUCUCGCCAAUAUUUAUAUAUCAGCAGGGAGAAGAGAAGAUGCUAAUAGCAUUCUGUGGCUAAUGAGGGCUGUGGGCUUGGAGAAGAACCCUGGUUUCAGUCUGCUCAUGGGAGGGUAG